CAUUUCUACAUGGACCAGUCUCCAUGGCAACAGAAAGCAGAAAAGGCAUUAUGUAACUGCCGGGACUGGUGGUGUUGCAGGGUGUUAGGUUGGGUUCGGGGAGAGAGUCUGCGCCUGAGAGCGAGCGUCUCCAGCUGAUCCACGGGAGGAAGCCUCCUUCUUCAGGGGAGAGAGGGUUUUCAGCUGAGAGCAUAGGCGUGGUUUCGGAUGGAGAUGCUCCCGCUGGGCUCCCCACCUGCCCUCACUCCGCCUGUCACCGCUCUCCAGCGCAUCCUCGGCUGAACAUCUCGGCGCGGAUCGCACUUCCUCCGCUUCUCUGUGGACGCUGUACGCGCUGCUCCGGUGCGGCGCCCGAGGUGGCGCACUUUCCGCGGGGAUAAACGAGCGCGCGGCCUCGGUGGGGAAAUCAGCGCGGACCCCGGUUCAUGUUGACGCUUCGUAGGAGAUGGAUUACACGCGCAAGAUGCCCAAGCUCUCGCUGUGGAUCGGCUUGUUGGUGCUGGCCGCGGUGGCAGUGGAAGGGAAGAAGCCGAGGCAGCCGCGCUGUCCCUCCUCGUGUACUUGCACCAAAGAUAACGCGCUGUGCGAAGCGGGGCUCAUCCCCCGCUCCUUCCCACCCGAUGUCAUCUCGCUCUCUUUCGUCAAGUCUGAAUUCACCGAGAUCCCCAAGGAGAGUUUCAUCCACACUCCUGCCCUGCACCUCCUCCUCUUCACAGCAAAUAACCUGGAUUCUAUCAAUGAAGAUGCAUUCAUGGGACUCCCUCACCUGGAGUAUCUAUUCAUCGAGAACAACCAGAUCAGGUCCAUAUCACCGUUUGCGUUCCGCGGCCUGAAGACGUUAGUGCACCUGAGUCUGGCCUACAAUAAUCUUGAGUCACUGCCCAAAGACUUGUUCAGAGGGCUGGAUGCGCUGACAAAAGUAGAUUUAAGAGGGAACCAGUUCACGUGUGACUGCAAGCUGAAGUGGUUGGUGGAGUGGAUCUACAGCACCAACGCCACCGUGGAUCAGAUCCACUGUAAAGGACCAAACUCGCAGUUGGAUAAGAAAAUCAACGACUUGGUGCCGCAAUCCUUCGACUGCAUCACCACAGAGUUUGCCUCCUAUCAGUCCCUGAAGUUCGAGUCCAUAUCUGUUGAGGCUUUUACUUUUGGGAACGACCAGUACGUCGUCUUCGCACAGCCCUUCAUCGGGAAAUGUAGUUUUCUGGAGUGGGACCACGUGGAGAUGGUCUUCAGGAACUUUGAUGAUAUUGACAGCACAUCUACGGUGAUCUGCAAGCCGCUGGUGAUCGACAACCAGCUCUUCAUCAUUGUGGCUCAGCUCUUCGGCGGGUCCCAUAUUUACAAGCGGGACACGUCCGCCAACAAGUUCAUUAAGCUCCAAGGCAUCGACAUCCUGAAAAUCCGCAAACCCAAUGAUGUGGAGACUUUCCGCAUCGACGGCGAGUCCUUCUUCGUCAUCGCCGACAGCUCCAAGGCCGGAUCGACCACCAUCUACAAGUGGAACGGAAACGGCUUCUACUCUCACCAGUCGCUACACCCGUGGUACCGCGACACAGACGUGGAGUACAUGGAGAUCUCCACCAAACCUCACCUGAUCCUGUCCAGCAGCUCUCAAAGGCCCGUCAUCUACCAGUGGAACAAGACCACCAAGCUGUUCGACAGACGCACAGACAUCCCGGAGAUGGAGGACGUCUACGCUGUCAAGCAUUUCCAGGUCAAGUCUGAGCUCUUCAUCUGCCUGACACGCUUCAUCGGCGACUCCAAAGUGAUGAAGUGGGAUGGAGCGCUCUUCAGAGAGCUGCAGACAAUGCCCUCCAGAGGCUCCAUGGUCUUCCAGCCCUUCUCUAUGGGUGGCUGGCAGUACGCCAUCCUGGGCAGCGACUACUCCUUCACCCAGGUGUACCACUGGGACGCCAAGAAGGGAGAGUUCGUCCACUUCCAGGAGCUGAACAUCCAAGCGCCCAGAGCUUUCUCACCGGUCUCCAUCGACAACCGGCAGUUCCUUCUGGCGUCCAGCUUCAAAGGGAAAACUCAGAUUUACGAGCACUUGGUCAUCGAUCUGAGCAACUGACUGGUUGUUGCAGGUUCAACGGCGAGAGAUUAUCACCCUAACUAGAGGGAGAGGAGCGUUGCUCUUAUUUUUCAAAGCCAGUGCAUGAUAAACAUGAUAGAAACAUCCAGAUGAGAUGCAUGUGGAGUUCAAAGCAUGCAUCUCAAGUUAGGAUAGACAUGAAUGCAUGACAUCAUCACUUCAUCGCAGAUGCCCCUCCUCCAUCUUCAUCCAGUGGAGGGGCCUCUUGUUGUUGUGUUCCAUCAUCCACGGCCUUGUUUAUACAUUUGUAGUCUCAUAUAUUUCUCUACGGAAUUGAACUCACUUUUUAAACAACUCUGCCAAAAAUGAAAUGUUUACAUUUUCGGUCUUUGCACUUGCACUCGUGAGUGAAGGUUUUCUAAGUCUCGGUGGGACGACAGCAGCGAUGAUGUUUCUUCUGGAGAUUGAGAUUUACAAUUUGUCACACGCCUCACUUCUCACGUACGUCUGCAUCCAUGACUUUUUUCCCUGUGUGUUUCAAUGAGAUUUCUACGUACGGGACGUGAACCUGAAAUGUGUUUGGACUAAUGAGAUUUCAUCAGCAAUGUAUCAUCAUGAUCAAAUGACUAAUUCUGAGCUAUUUAGAGUAAAUAAAGGCUUCCAUCAU